AUGGGAGUUCUUCGCAAGCUGUGGAUUGCACUGGCAGUCACUUCCGUUAUCUUGUCGACUGUUCUAGCCGAGUUUCCAACAACAAGUGACGCGAAGUGCAAUUGCUACCUUACCAACACUACAACGAAGAAUUGGUUCAGCCGACACAAAUUUUUCGACUUCCGGAACAUGUCGCAGUACGUCAACGUCCCAGGACCGGCACAAAAUCCGUCAGCGGCUAGCGAUGCCGGUGUGGCAAGCAGCUACUUCGAAAGUGCCGACUGGACGAAUUUCUGGUCCUUGCAGCGUUGGAAUAACAGCUUAAUGAUGAGAGGCAACUCAGACGUCACGGGGAGCGAUGCAACUGUCCUCAUGGUGAACUCCCCUAGCAAUGUGUAUUUCGAAAACAACAAGGAUACGAAGGCGGCAUCGAAGACAUACAUGACUAUGAGGACAGUACGGCAUCAGGACUUCCAGUCGGCAGCAGAGUUUGAGUCAGGCUCUGGGAAUUAUCACUACUUGAGUAUACGUAUGCUCGCCAGAACGCGUGGGGCCAGCGGCGCAAUCACUGCUAUGUUCACAUACCGAGGGGCGCAGUCACUUCAGAGCGUCCAGGAAGCGGACCUCGAGGUCCGGACGCGAGAUCCAAGCUCCUCGAUUCAAUAUACCAAUCAACCCUCAUGGAAUGCUAACGGCGACAUUGCUGGCGCGACUAAAAACAUUACCCAACCCGGAAAGGUGAAUUGGAAUGAUUGGCAAUACCAUCGUAUGGACUGGACUCCCGGUUCCACCAACUGGUUUGUCAAUGGUCAACUGGUUUCUACUAUAUCUUUCCAAGCCCCUCGGGACCCUAGCCAAAUAAUCUUCAAUGCCUGGAGCGACGGGGGCUCUUGGAGCGGCAACAUGAGCGUCGGCUCCGAGGCAUACCUUCAAAUCCAAUGGAUAGAUGUUGUCUACAACAAUACCGAUCCAGCGAUUGGUUUCAAACCAACUGCCACGAACGGGAAAUGCGGCAGCAUCUGCAGCAUCGACGAGACCAAGACUGUCGGUACCCCUGUGUUGAUCACAACGACGCCCCAGAAUCCGAGUGGAGGUCAAUCAGGAUCCAAUCCCGGGUCCCCAGGAUCGCCGUCGGGUGGACAGGCUUGCUUUGCUGCUAAGUAUGGACAAUGCGCUGGCAAGAACUGGAAUGGCUGUACGGGCUGCGCAGCUGGGACAACUUGCAGAUUCCAGAACGAUUACUAUUCGCAGUGUCUAUAG